GCACCCGCGCAAGUAAUCUUGCCAGUGAACGGUCUCCGCGUUCAACCAUUCUAUUGCACCUGUGCUUUGCAGCCAAGUUGGGCAGGACACCGUGCGACACGUAUAGGACAUACACAUCGGGACACAACACUCCAUAUUCACCUUACCAACGGUGCUUCCGCGGGCCUGUGCAUGUUGGCCCUUGCGAAGAUCAAAAUCAACUCAAGCAAGCUUGGUGCACAUCUUCGACGAUAUGACGCCAACUCUGCUCAAGGAGACACCCUCGCUUCCGCUUGAGCUGUGGGACGUGACUAUCACUCAUCUCCGCGAAGACCGGGGCACGCUAUCGGACUGCUCUUUGGUCUGCCGAUCAUGGGAGCCGAUGGCGCGUAGACACCUGUUUGAGACGGUCGCAGUCCUUGGCCCCCAGGAUCGGUGUAGACUGCUCCUCUGCGAUCCAUCAUCAACUGUUCUUCCAUACGUUCACAAACUACUCCUGAUGAAACGUGACCAACCACACGUUGCCUGGGUAGAAGAUUUACUGCCCCAGGUUCGUGCCAACGACCUGACGGCGCUCCGGACCCUCUGGUUAUCCAACGUACGGUGGGAUGGGCUCUCUGCCGCCUCGCGAACGAGCCUCAUCCACCUUUGUCGCUGGCUGACGCAAAUAGGGCUCAUCUCGAAAUGGCCAGACCACGACGCUCGCUGCCCAUUUGCCGUCGAGCUUCUCGGGGCAUCGCCGUCACUGCAGCGCUUUGCUCUCCGGUGUAUGCACGAGGACAAUCACUGGCAGUCUCCUGCACAACCCCUCGAUAUCGCACCCUACUCCCAUAUGUCCACUAAGGCUGCGCCUCACUUGCGCACCCUCGAAAUCUCGGCAGAUGUGGGUCCUCUCCUCACAGUCCUGCACACGGUCUUUCCGGUACUGCAUUUGCAAGAGCUUUCACUCGGACCACUAUAUGAGGGUACCGGUAGUCUGGUGCUUUCCUUCUUGCGCUCAUGCGCAGAAACGCUGGUGUGUCUGUCACUAUCUUUCAAGAUGUUUAAUGAAACCACCCGCGUUCUGUGCCGGUGGCGGUGUCUCGUGCUUAACGGCGCUAGAGACGUUCUCCAUUGGAGCCCAUCCAAAACACAUCCCGGACAUUCUGCGCCAGAUUACCUCGAAGAAUCUGGCACACCUCAACAUCACGGUCUCGCUUCGCACAUCUGCGCCCAGUGACGUUGACGACCUCGUCGGUGUCCUCACUACCGGGUCGCUGGCUGUCUCGCGCCCCCACGUCGCUCUUAUCCGCUCCCCGUUGGACAUUGACAUGGAAAA